GAAGUGAGAACUUAGAACACAUCUCAGCUCUUCCUCCUCACCAAGAACACGCACUAAACACACACACUAAUGGCGGAUGCACGAAAGAUAGACCCCAAAAGUGGGUUCUGCUCAGUAACAAGAAUUUACCACAACCUUCGACCACCAGCUCCAUUACCACCACUUUCUCAGCCAAUUUCCAUCACUGAAUACGCCAUCUCCCUCCUCCGUGCCACCACUUCCUCCCCCACCUCCACCACCUCUCCUUCCACCCCAUUCCUCAUCGACUGCUCCACCGGCUGCCAACUGUCCUACUCCCAAUUUUUCAGCCAAGUGCACUCUCUCUCUACUUUCCUCCUAACCCAAUACCCUUCCCUCUCCCAAAACGACGUCGCCUUCAUCCUCUGCCCUCCCUCCCUCCACGUCCCAGUACUCUACUUCUCCCUCCUCUCCCUUGGCCUCACCGUCUCCCCCGCCAACCCUCUCUCCUCGCCCUCCGAGUUGACUCACUUACUCCAACUCAGUAAACCAGCUGUCGUUUUCACCAUUUCAUCGCUUUACCAGAAGUUCCCGAAAGCCUUGAAGUCCAGUAUGAUCUUCGUAGACAAGCCGCAGUUCCAAUCCGUGCUCUCGAACCACACCUCCACCGAGAAGAUCGAAGCGGUAAGUAAGUAUAGCGGCCGAGUCAUCCACCAAAAUGACUCGGCCGCUAUACUUUACUCGUCCGGAACAACCGGACGAGUUAAAGGUGUGGAACUGUCCCACCGCACCUUAAUAGCCGUGAUAGCAGGUUUGUAUCACAAUAAGCACAAAGCUGACGGUGAAGAUGAAAAUCCGCCUCAUCCGGUGUCGCUGUUCAGUUUGCCGCUGUUCCAUGUUUUCGGGUUCUUUAUGCUGAUAAGGGCUGCGGCCUUGGGGGAGACUCUGGUGCUGCUGGGGAAGUUUGAUUUCGAGAAUAUGCUGGAAGCCAUCGAAAGGUAUAAGGUGACUUACAUGCCGGUGGCGCCGCCGCUGGUGGUGGCGUUUGCUAAGUCGGAUAUAGUGAAUAAGUACGAUCUUAGCUCCCUACGCCUACUUGGAUGCGGUGGUGCGCCACUGGGAAAGGAGGUCUCUGAGAGCUUCACAGCCCGGUUCCCCAACGUGGAGAUUUCCCAGGGGUAUGGUAUGACUGAGACUGGGGGAGCGGCUACACGGAUGAUAGGAACUGAGGAGAUAAAGAAACAUGGAUCCACUGGUCGCCUUGCUGAGCACACAGAAGCCAAGAUAGUGGAUCCUGAUACUAAAGAGGCUUUACCUCCUGGUCAGCGAGGUGAACUAUGGCUACGAGGGCCUAUUAUCAUGAAAGGUUAUGUCGGAGAUAGUCAAGCGACAGCUGAAACCUGGGACUCAGAGGGCUGGCUGAAGACUGGUGAUCUCUGUUAUUUUGACUCUGAUGGUUUCCUCUACAUUGUUGACAGGCUAAAGGAACUCAUCAAGUAUAAAGCAUAUCAGGUCCCACCAGCUGAAUUGGAACAUUUGCUUCAAUCAAUUCCUGAAGUAGCUGAUGCAGCAGUGAUCCCGUAUCCUGAUGAAGAAGCAGGUCAGAUUCCUAUGGCCUUCAUUGUUAGGAAACCUGGAAGCCAUGUUACUGAGACUCAAAUUAUGGAUAUUGUUGCAAAACAGGUUGCACCAUACAAGAAAAUACGAAGAGUUGCAUUUAUCAGCUCGAUUCCAAAAUCUCCAGCAGGAAAAAUCCUGAGAAGGGAACUGGUUAAUCAUGCAAUUUCUGCUGCUUCAUCUAAAUUAUGAUGAAAGGCUCCCGUCCUUAAAUUCUGGAAGCGUGAAUGGUUAUAAGUAUUUGAGUGGAGGAGACAUGCGGCGGAUCAGCGCCUUUAAGAAACUAUCAGCGUUCAGAUUGUAGGUUCGUUUUGCUGCUUGAAUAUGUGUCAUUGUACCAGCAUUAUUCGUCCUCAAUCCUCAUUUCUAAUAAAAGUUUUGAAGUUUAGACCCCUAA